CGCCAAUACCUGCCACGGAACGGAAUCUUGAUGCAUAGCAAUCCAACCCGACCGAAUUCGUACCAAACACACUCGUUCGCUUUUCUCUUUCCGUGGACCAUGAUAUCUGUAUUCUAGGUGCAAUGCCGUCGCAAGUGUCCGAUCAGGAGCUGGGGGAAGCCUUCCUCCAAUCCAUCGAGCACGGCAGCUUCCCGCAAUCCGAAGAUGUGGCCUCUGCCCCAGUGCCAUCGACUGCACUCCCGAAGCUUUUGGAGGUUGUGAGCAAUGCUAGGGAACAUACAAAAAAUGAGAUCCGCAAAGUGUCUCGCGAGGCAGCAUCCGAUGUCGACGGCUGGAUAUCCCAAGCCCGCAAGCUCCAAGACGAUAUCCAACGCUCCAAGGUUACUGCACACGAAAUAGUCCAGCAGGCUGAAGCUGAGAAGGAGCUCAAAGGGCGAGUAGUAGACGCGGAAAGCAAGCUGAAAUUCCUUCAUUCGGAAAUUGCAUACAAUGAAACCCUUGGGACGGUUGUUGAAAAGAUACAAGGCAUCUCGGGCCUUCUCGAAUCUGUACAAAAUGCUGCGGUACAUGGAAAUAUAAUAUAUGCUCUGGAGCGCCUUGAGGACACCAGCGUAGAGUUCGAGACAUUGGGACAAUUUAGAAGUACCAGGGUGGCUGGAAUAUUGAAGAACCGAGCCGAUCAAUUAAGGGCUGCCAUUGUGGAGACCACGACUGAGUCUUGGAAUGGAUUGAUACUGAUCGAUCCAAAUGAACGCCGCAUCUCUUUGAAAGAGAAGGUGGAGAGGGAAGCAACAAUCCAAAUCGAUACAGUAGUGGAAGCCCUGACGAAACUUAGUUUACUGGAGAAUUUCAUUGCUAAGCUACAUCGCGACUUUGACCACACCAUUGUGUCUCCCCGGUUAGCCAUCAACUCCGACGGGGUUGUGCACGGAUUUGAUGUCAAUGGCGAUGAUAUUCAAAUCAUCGGACACGUCAAAGAUAUGACUGUGAAGGCGACAUUGGAGGACAUACAAGCGAUAGCUGAGUAUAUAAGCACACGGCUCCCACCACCUGUUGCAAUACCUUUGUCAGUAAAGUUGACUCCCACUAUCGCUACCCGGUUGAUCAAAUACUGGCUUCUGCCUGCGGUCCCGCUUUCGACCAAUGGAGUGCAAGACUUCCAGGAGACACUUUCUCUUGUGCUGGGACUUGCCGAAUACUUCGAUGAGUUGGAAUGGACGGGACAACAGCAAUUGCGAGACUGGGUGGACCAAUCAGCUGAAAUAUGGCUUAAGCGCACCAAAGAAAUCGCUAUCGCUCGAGUACACAGUCUAUGCCCCCGCAGGGUCCGAGAGAAGAAGACGGUGGAAAGAGUUGAAACACAAACAGUGACGAGGGGUGACGCCCUCCAUGAUGGCCAGGAAGAUCAGGACGAGGAUUGGGGUGCAGACUGGGGCGAGGAAGAAGAUCCAGCGAAUCAUGGUUCUAACGCACAACAAAAAGAUGAGGCUCCAACCACUGUGGUCGAAGAGGAAGACAUGAGCGCUUGGGGCAUGGAUGAUGAAGAGGAACAAAAGGAAGAGCAGAAGGAAGAGCAGAAGGCCAAGACUGAGGAGAAGAAAGACGAGGGAGCUGAAGAAGAUGUCGAUGCCUGGGGUUGGGGCGAAGAUGAAGAAGCAGAACAGCCAGAGAGCCUACCUGCAUCGUCGUCGAAACUGCCGGAAAAGUCCAAAGCCAACGGCGAGAUUCCCACCCAACCAAAGGGCAAUACAGAAAAACAAGUUACCUUGAGCGAAACAUACACUGUUACAGCAAUACCGGACUCGAUCUUCGAAAUUAUAGUACAAGUUAUUUGCGAUGUGGAAAGUCUGAACGGGCCAGAGCUCGUGGGAACAGCAAUUGCCCCUGCCAGUAGCGGAUUAUAUGCCAUACCGAGCCUCUUGUUAGCUAUGUAUCGAGCCACCGCGUCUUCUCACUAUUCCAAGGACGUGGCUGGCAACAUGCUCAUCUACAAUGACUGCACACGAUUGUCGGACAGGCUCCGCACGUUUCUUCUCGAACAAUCCGAAAAGGACCGAACGUCUACAUUGCCUCGCCACCUUCAGCCAUCUGUUUGUCUUCGUCUCGACUCGGACCUCAAACUAAUUGAAGGGUUUGGCAAGCGCGCAUAUGGCCGCGAAAUGGAGUCCCAGCGAACCAUCGUUCGGGAUCUGCUUGAUGGCACGAAUGGUUUUGCCAAUUGCACGGUUGCCCACUUUGCGGAUAGCUGCGAUGCUGCUGUUGCAAUGACAAUUGACCGGAUUGGUGAAGUGAAGCGCACCUGGGCACCGAUUCUUUCACAUUCUGCUCUCUUACAAUCCCUGGGAUCGCUUGUCUCCACUGCGCUAGCAAAAUUCAUUACCGAUGUAGAGGACAUGUCCGACAUCGCCGAGGAGGACUCGAAGAAGAUCCAUUCUUACUGCGUCUCACUUGCCUCGCUAUCAUCGCUCUUCGUAACAGAAAAUGCGGCUGGAGAACCGCAAGAUAUGACCAGCAUCUAUACACCAAACUGGUUCAAAUUCCAGUAUCUGAGCGAGAUAUUAGAUUCUAGCCUUGCAGACAUCAGAUUCUUGUGGACAGAUGGCGAAUUGAAGCUAGAGAUGGACGGAGGGGAGGUGAUAGAUCUGAUCAAGGCAUUGUUUGCAGAGAGUGAGCAUCGAAGGAAGGCCAUCGCAGAAAUCAGGAGGACAAGCUUAAGAUGAUGAUGACGACGAGUAUGUUAGCAACGAAUAUGCCAAUAACGAUCUCGACAUCAAUUCUGUGAUCAUGUAGUUUCAGAGUAGCAUGAUGCGAUGUAUACGACCGGAUGCGGGCUUUCACUGC